GCUAGCGUCGUUGUAGGAUAUCCUACCGCUACUCAUCGUCUACACGUCCGAAAAGUUUGGAUGCUUACAUUGAACCUAGCGACGGUGUAUUGAUUGCUGUUCAUGUUGGUCAAACAGAUUAAGCAUGGGUGUCGCUCAGUCUCUGCGGAUGAAACCAGGGAUACUGGUGGCAGGAUCUAGACAUCAGAUGGUGCUGUGAGGAAGCCAUGGGUAGCUGUUUAAGCUGUCCAGAGAAAGAGUCAAUUCCUGAUAAUCAUCAAAGCAAAUUUAAGGUGGUCAACGUGGACGACGAUGGCAAUGAGCUGGGCUCUGGCGUGAUGGAGCUGACGGAGGGCGAGCUGGUGCUCCACACGCACCGCCGGGAUGACGUCAGGUGGCCGUACCUGUGCUUGCGUCGCUACGGCUACGACUCCAACCUGUUCUCCUUUGAGAGUGGGCGCCGCUGCCAGACGGGACAGGGAAUCUUUGCGUUCAAGUGCGCCCGCGCCGAGGACAUCUUCAACAUGCUGCAGGAGGUGAUGCACAGCCACAGCAUCAGCGUGGUGGAGGAGCCCAUGCUGGAGCCCCACCACCAGGGGGCACUCACGCCCCAAACCCCCGCAGCUCUGGGCUACUCCGUUCCCACCGUGCCGAACGGCGUGGGCCGCCUCCCGUCGCUGGGGGACGCGCCGGCCUCCCACCCCUCCACCCGCCACCCCUCCGUGGCCAGCACCCGCCUCCCCUCGGUGGGGGAGGAGUCCACCCACCCCCUCCUGGUGGCCGACGACGCGGUCCACACCUACGUCAACACCAGCGGGCUCUUGGAGGAGCAGCCCAGCCCGCUGACCCUCACCACCCCGCUGGAGAGCCCCACCUCCCCCCAGCUGCCCCCUACCCCGCCUCCCCCUCCGAGGCUCCGCCCCGAGCCCCCGCCGCCGCCACCGACGCCGGCGCCGCCGGCCACGCCCGCCCCGACGCCGGCGGCGGAGCCCCAGGUGCUGAUGGAGCCGGCGGGGGUGCGCUUCGUGCUGGGGCCCACCCCGGUGCAGAAGCAGAAGCUCAUGGCCCGGAAGGAGCAGGUGCUGCAGGGGGACGACGAGGACGAGGAGGGGGAGGAGGAGCAGGGGGGGGGCGGGACCAACGGCCACACGGACACGCAGCACAGCGGCAGGGAGCCCCUCCCCGAGGCCGCGCCGGCCCACCCGCAGUCCAACGGCUCCUCCUCCUCCGCCGCCUCCUCCGCGGCCGUGGCGGCCGCACCGCGGCGCAACCGCCCCCCGCCGCUCACCCCGGACGUCCAGAACGCCAACAACUCGGCCCAGAGGCGCACAGCGCUGCUGGACUACGAGAACCUCCCGGUGCUGCCGCCCGUCUGGGAGGCGCGCAAGCCCGCUGCCGCCGCUGGCAGCAGCGGGCUUGCGCGCCUCCCAGACGGGGAGGAGGCGGGCCGGGGCGGCCUGAAGACGCCCUCCCUCAACGGCUACAACAACCACCACCACCACCAGCAGCAGCAGCACCACCACCACCACCACCACGCGCCCCACAGCCUGCUGCAGCACUCCUACUCCCACCCGCUGUCGGCGGCGCCGCCGGAGCCCUCCCACAACUACGUCAACACUGAGAACGUGGCGCCGCUCAGCGCGCACCGGCCCGACACGGGCCGCCGCCGCCACGCCGAGGGCCCCACCGUCUUCAACUUCGACUUCCGCCGGCCCCUGCUCGCGCCGGGCCACGGCGACUCGGCCAAGACGCUGAACUACAUCGAGGUGGAGACGGACGGCAGCGGCUGCAACCGGGGCGCGUCGGACGGCAGCGACCCCCACACGCCGCGCACGCCCACCUCGCCGCUGGCGCCGGGCACGCCCACGCGGCGCACGGAGCUGUACGCCCUCAUCGACAUCGAGCGCACCGCCGCCAUGUCCAACCUGCAGCGGGCGCGCCCGCGCGACGACGGCACGUCGCGGAAGACGCGCCACAACAGCACGGAACUGCCCACCAAAAGCACUGUCUGA